ACAAUUGACAGACAGGAUUUGAGGUUUAUUUGUUAUUCAAUUUCUAUUUAUUUAAAAAAGUAAAAGGAUUUUGUGUCCGUUGUGUGUUGUUAAUUUUUCUAAACAAAUAUCGAGAGAUAGCGUUACUUAAUAGCACGUUCUUCAAAAUGAUGAAAUAUGAAGAAGAAGGUGAAAAACUGGCAGACACUUCGCCUUGUGCUGGAGUAAGAGCCGACUUGAAAAUGUGCCUAUUGGAAAGCGAUUGUUGUAGAAAUCUAAAGAAAACUCCUAGAGAAUGCCUUAAAGCGAUGGACGGUACUGUUCCGGACGAAUGUUAUGCCCUUCGAAACUCCUUCUUCGAAUGCAAAAGAUCACUAUUGGACGCAAGGCAAAGAUUCAGGGGAAGGAAGGGUUAUUAGUGUAAUUAAUAUAGAUAUGUUGUAAAUAAAAUAAAGUUUAUUAAGUUUCAGAGGGUAUUUUUAGUAGGUUAAGAUGUCUUGCUUUGACAUAAAUGAUUGUAGAACAGAAUAAGUAGA